AUUUACAAGUGAACUGAAAAAACCGCGACGCUUCUUAUCACUAUUAAAUUUUCUCCAAAUGUAGUGCUUAUGUAUAAAAUAAUAAUUAUUUCCCGAAGCGAACCGUCGGCGCCGUUGUCCGAUCGAAUAAUAUUGCAGUGUGGUUUCGGGAAAAGUGUCGAAAAUUUCCACCACCUACUCUCGUCCGUGCGUGUCAAGUUUCGUGUUGUCCUCCAGCGAAGCGAGCCCAUCGAAAUAGUGCAGUGCAAACGAGUGCAGUAAUGUUUAUUAGUGUUUCCUGUGUGCAAUCAUCGUCCGAGAAUAGAAUCUACUCUAGUUGUUGGUUUUCGGUGAAAAGAGUUCGGUUAAUCGAUUAGUGCGGAAGGUUUCGUUUUUGCGAGUUAUCGGCUCGGCAAAGCGGUGGAUGUGUGCAAAGGAAUGCACCCAGUGCAUUGUGAAUGUCCAUGAAAAUGACCUCCCGUAUCGAGGUUGUAUAAUAGAAAGGUGAUCAAGUGCAGUGUGUUACCUGUGUAGUUGGUGUCGAAUGUGAAUAUGAGAUUGGAGCAAUUAAAUUGCAUCUGGGCCGCAGUGGCUAGAGGUUAGCGAUCAAAACAAGUGGAAGCGCAUGCAGUUUCACUCCCGCCAUAGCGAUUCUUAUUGGAAACUACGAAUGUGAAUGUUCCGGAAGGUUCAUUGAUAGAAGGAGCACAAACCAGCAUAAACCGCAGUGCAUACAACAUACAUACUCAACACACUCACCGCAUGACUGCUGAUUGACCUUCUAGUGCACCUGAACUUUCUCUUACACUAAUCACAAUCGCGGGAUUUCUGUAAUCAGGGCAGAUGGGCCCGAUUCCCAACGACAAGGAAGAUGCCGUAUUUGAUAUGGAUAAACAUACACGCGCCGCUGCCUGCAUCCUAACGAACCGUCGUCAUCGCCGACAUAACCAGACAAACUUCGUGGAAUUGAUGAAUUAGUUGUAGCAGCAACAACAGCAUGCGUCAAGUGAAAGAAACUGUAACGCGUUGUAUACGUUAAAGUUAAGUAAAUAUGAUAUCACCGUGGUUGUCGCCAUCGCACACUGGAAGCACAUUCGUUCCUAGUAGUGAUAGUUUUUCUUCGACCCGUCGUUGUUGUUGGGUGACGACAGCGAAUUGUGUCUAACGAAACUGUCGAGCAAUAGUACCAGCUGAUCCACCACGAAUACGGGACACCAUUCUGUGGAGGUCAGAUCCGCUGGAAGUGCAUUUCAAUUCAAUUCGAUUAGUGCUCGAUUGGGACCAGCAUGGGAAAGCUAAAUACCAACUACAGCAGCUACUGCUACAAUAGUGGCGCUCGGCUCAAUCGAACGAUGGCCAAAUAUUGGAACCAGUGUGGUACUCAAAACGAUUGCUCCGGGUCGUCAUCGGGAGGAGAGAGCAACAGUGGCGACGAGGCAUCCCUAGAAUUCGGACGGAUUAUCUGCUGCCGAGGCAUGCGACCGAUGAAGUGUCCGGAACGGCCAGUGACUGAAGGUGGAACUGCGUUGCUAAGCUCUUCCUACGAGAGUGGGAAAGAUGAGCUGGUUGAUGAGGGACACGUCGUCGAGCUCAUUCACGAAAGCCGGCUGGCCUAUCGAGCUGAGGGCAAUGCCAAUAUCGUGCUCUCGCUGAUGGACGACCACCGGGUGUUGCGGCUGAGAAAGGCGACCAUCAGCUGUCGGGAUGGAAAAGAUCCCACAAUCGAUUUGCAGGGCUUAACCAAAUAUUUCCGGGUGAUUGCGAGCUGCUUUUCCCGCCGGUACGUUCCCGAACCGAAGCUGGGCCGCCUCGGCACGUACGACCUGGAAGCGUUCAACAAAAAGUUAACCAAAUACCGACCAGUGACUCGAUUGGACAAGGAAAUCCACGAAUGUGAUGGAAUACUGUAUCCCGAUGUGGCCUUUCUGCCGAUCAAGCUCGAUCCGGUGACGUUUCUGCAUCAAGACUUCGGACAGGACACCACCACCAGAGGGUACUGGUACAACACCUACUGCGUCGAGAUCAAACCGAAGCAAGGAUGGUCCUUUCACGACGAAUGCUACGAAGAUGGUUUCACCCGCCGGGAACUGUUUUCCAACUGUGAUAGUGCGGAACUUGCCGGAACCGAGAUUGGGAAAUGUCGGUUCUGUUUGUAUCAGUAUUUGAAGCUCCAAAAGAAGUCGAUAGGGAAAGUUAGUAAAUAUUGUCCGUUGGAUCUGUUCUCUGGAAAACCGAUCCGAAUGCUACACGCCGUCAAGGGCCUCAUCGGUGCACCGCAAAACAACUUCAGGCUCUCCAAGAACGGUCGCAUCGUGUACGACGAAAAGCAGGAGAAAUCCGUCUUCAAUCGUAUCCUGAAAGAACUCUUUCCGCGUGACGGACGUACCAAAGAAGAAAGAAAAACCAUCUUUAUGAACCUGAUAAAGGAGAUCCUGCUGAAGGAUUUCUCCACCUAUGAAGCACAUCGUGAUCGAAAGCUGUUGACUAUACGGAAGGAUAGGAAAAAGAAGGAUAAAAAUCAGAUCCACGAACGUACCUGCAGUCCAAUUAAUUAUCAGUUUCUUCCGAAGAGCUGUGCUCUCAAGCAAGUCCUGGACACCCAGCUUCUGGCGAAGUCAAAUCUGACCAAGGUGCGUCCGGACUUGCACCGACAAGGUAGCAGCUCAUCGCCCGGCCCGUUUGCCUUCAUCGAUGAGCUGUACGAGAAGUAUUUGGACUGCCUUGAGGAUUACUGUGGCAACCAGGUGAGCCGGACGGCGUCGGACAGGUCGAAUUACUUCAUCGAGUCCUACCUGGACGAGCAGGAAAAGUAUCAGCUUGGUGCAACCGCGCUGGAUUGUUCCAUUAUGAUCACCUUUAGGCGGCUGGCCGAGCGGGAGGAGGAAAGAUUGCCAUCGGCCGCCCGGAGUCACAUCGUCACAAUCGAAGCCAUGAAGUUUCUGGUCAACGUUACCAUCACAGAUCUCGACCCAAAAUCGCUCAACCAUCACAAGAAAUACCUCCAACAGUUGCAGAAUUCCGUCGGAGCCUAUCGGGAGUUUAUGUCCAAGAUUAGGCGCUAGAAUAUAAGAAUGUAGGAAGCUGUCGAUUGUUGUCAUUGUCUUAGAGCAUCAGCAUAUGCGUGAUACAUGAAUGUUUUGUGGUGUAACCAUUUUAGAACAAUUACUAUUUAUUAUUCACUUCUCUUCCAUUUUAGGAUAGUGACAAUUUUCUACCGAGGUUUUAAUAGUAUUUGAGGCAAUACAGACUCUCAUGUAGUAGGACAUUAUGGAAUUAAGAUUAGUCUAGCAGAAUGCAAUUACACGGCUCAUACACAAUGUAGAAUACAAUUCCAAUUUAUACACUUCUACAGACCUGUUUGGAUAAAUAUAUGCUCUUAUUUAUUUCCCCUUGUGAA